UGGCGCUGCCGCGGCGGGGACGCGCUUCCGGGGCUGUGGCGGCCGCGCCGUCACGCGAUAGCGGCUUAAAGGGGAAGUGGCGGCGGCGGCCGCGCAGGCAGGGCCGCGGAGGUGGCAGCAGCGCCGGGAGGCCCCCGAGCCAUGGCCGACGACCUGAAGAGGUUUCUCUACAAGAAGCUGCCGAGCGUUGAAGGUCUUCAUGCUAUUGUAGUAUCAGACAGAGAUGGUGUGCCUGUUAUCAAAGUUGCCAAUGAUAAUGCUCCAGAACAUGCACUUAGACCUGGCUUUCUGUCCACCUUUGCCCUUGCAACAGAUCAGGGCAGUAAACUAGGACUUUCGAAAAACAAAAGUAUCAUCUGUUACUACAACACAUACCAGGUGGUCCAGUUCAAUCGCUUGCCUUUGGUAGUAAGUUUCAUUGCUAGCAGCAAUGCCAACACCGGGUUGAUUGUAAGUUUAGAGAAGGAGCUCACUCCCCUGUUUGAAGAACUGAGGCAGGUUGUUGAAGUUUCCUAACCUGACGGCAUAGCUAAAGUUCAGUAUCUCUUUGCAACCCAGUGGGCAGAAAGAUUCAAUAAUCCUCAGUUGAGUAACACACCUCAGAAGAAAUACCACAUCUCCCUAGUAUACUAAGUAAGAAUAAAUUGUACAUAGUACUGAAUCUGAAAUGAUCUACUAGUGUGUUGUAGAUAGAUGUUAUUUUAGGCCACAUUUCUUGUAUUGUGCAGUACUGGAGAGACCACCAAAAUAGCUCCCAUGGAGUUUAGCUCAGCCAGCUGAGCCAUAUCAGCAUGAUACUAUGGAUUCAAAUGAGCAACCUGCAGGUCCUUUGCUGUACAGAGAAUUAGGCAUACAGCAGGACUUAUCCUCUGAUUAGUUACCACUACAUACUGAAAAACAAUUUAAUUGGUUACAAGAUACUAUCAAAGAUGUGGUUUAAAAAUAAUAUUGUGAAAGCAAGUUUGCUCGCAGUGACUUCUCAGUACAAUCAAUAAAUACCCCAUAUUUCUCAGAUUGGUGAUGCUUUGGAAAAGGAGUUCUAUUAAUCUACAUGUCAGCUGCAUCCUGCUUCUAUGCAAGAGCUGUUUGUACAAAAGAUUUUGCUUCAGGGGUUUUCCUAGUGCCCAAUCUUUCACUUCAUGGGUUUUUGUGUAAUAUAAGUGUGACAUUCUUAUGUUUCAUACUCUUUGUGUGCAUUCAUUAAUGGUGACUCUCAGCUCAUUUACCCUUGGUUUUCCUAAGUAAAUAAAUCUAAAUAAAAUAUAGUAUUUUUAAAUGACA